UCUCAUGUUUACUGUGACUAUAGAUGAUUAAUCCAGUUUAAUAUCGAUCUGUGAUCUGCUCUGUGUGUCUGUGUUUACUGUCAAAGUCACACUGUCGGCUCAAUGAUGGCGCUUUAUAAAACAUGGCGAUACUGUUCAGCCUGUUAGCGAUCACUGUCGACAAGCUUUUACAGUUUUCUGGACUAGUGGACGCCAGGAAUGAGCUGAAGACCAAGAAGAUGGAGGAGAAAGCUCUGGAAGUGUAUGACGUGAUCCGGUCGAUCCGCGACCCGGAGAAGCCCAACACGCUGGAGGAGCUCGACGUGGUGACGGAGAAAUGUGUGGAGGUGCAGGAGCUCGGAGAGGAAGAGUAUCUCAUCAUCAUCAAGUUCUCUCCCACCGUUCCUCACUGCUCUCUGGCUACUCUGAUCGGUCUCUGCUUACAAGUGAAACUGCAGAGAUGUCUCCCAUUUAAACAUAAGCUGGAAAUUUACAUUUCAGAAGGAACUCAUUCUACUGAAGAAGACAUUAACAAACAGAUCAAUGAUAAGGAGCGAGUAGCAGCCGCCAUGGAGAACCCCAACCUGAGAGAGAUCGUAGAGCAGUGUGUCAUCGAGCCUGACGACUGAUGGAGCCACCUCUCUGUGUGUGUGUGUGUGUGUGUGUGUAUGCAUAGGUGUGUGUGUGUGUGUUUGUGUGUCAUCAGUGCCUGCAGAAUUAUUGAGAGGAUUCCUGAGUGUCUGUGUGAUGCAGCGGCUCUGGGGAGUUUUCAAAUAUAUAUAUAUUUUUGGAGCCUCUAGUGUGAAGCUCGAGCGGUGAAUGGAAGCUGGAACAGAAGCGACAGAUGUGUGUUGACUCUUCCUCCUCCUCCUCCUCUUCCUCCCCCUCCCAUCAGUCCUGCUGAAGGCGACAUCAGCCUGGCCAAAACAGGAAACGCCUGCCUCCUUCUGUCCUAUUCACAUCUCAUCCUCCCUCACUUUGUUUUAUCCUCUUCACAUUUAAACAGACUCUGUCGGUCGGUCUGGAAGAAGAGAGGGAUCCAUCUCUUCAUCUCUUUAUCUCUUUAUCUCCUUUUCUUUAUAAAACACACAGAAACAAGCACGUCACUGUUUAGAAACGUCUGUCUUUGUUUUUGUUGUAACUGCACUCAUCAGGCGAGUCUCUCAGGUCCAUGUCUGAGUAGAAAAUGUGAUUCUUUUAUUUUUAAUAAAAUGCAAUGUAUAAAAUAAUGAGGUAUUAAAAAAGCUACAUCAA